UGCUUUAGUCUGGCCUGCCAACCGGAAGUGACAAACACUUCCAAAAUGGUGGCCACCAGGAGAGGACUGCGCGUGUGCUCUCCAAAUAAAAAAAAUAUCGAGCAGUCCUCUGAUGUUCAGGCCACUCCAUCCACGAGUAGGAGACCCACCACUCGGAGUGUUCGAGCAGAGACUAGCAGCCAGCUUGGAGAAGAAUUGAGUGACCCGCAGACCCCCCAGUCGAAAAAAUGCACCCGAGCCUCCAGACUUCACAGCCCAAAGCAGCCUUGCACCCCUACAGGCUCCACUCACGAAGCAGACUUGUCCGACCUGGAGUCGUGCUGCUCUGGCACAUCCGAUGCGCAGCUACCGGCGAGGCGCAACCGGGCGGCGGUGGAGUCGAAGAAUGUCCGGAGCGUGAGGAGAAGAGCUCUGGACAAGGAGGAAUCUAGUAGCUCUGUUGUGUCUGAUGCGGAAGCCCCAGCGACGCAUGUCAGGAGGAGCAGAAGACUUGCCCUCACCUUAAGUUAUGCGGAAGAUGAUUUGUCUGAGGCGGAGUCCUGCUCUUCUCUGUCUGCACAGAAAAUUGACAAACGCACGAAGACCACAGACAAUCUCAAGGCCGACGACUCAGCUACAUCUCAAAAAGUCACCCAGAGUCAGAGAAAAAGCACCAGAUCCUCCGCCAAACCGCGACCGGACGAGUCUGAACCUUCUGACGCCGAGAGCUUGGCUUCCGAUGUCUCUGGAAACGCAAGGCGCAGAAGUGCCAGAUUCAGAAAGAAAGUGUCUCCUACUUGCUUGAACUUUGAUCAAGCCUCGGAAAGUUCUGCGACGCCGAGCACUAGAAGAACAACCCGGCGGACCGCUGCUGAGAAGUCUUGCGAAUCUGAGGGAUUUGAAUCCGGCACCGAAUACACCAUCAGUGUACGUCGAUUGACUCGUUCUUUGACUUCCAAGGCCGCUGAGUUGGACUCGGACUUGACGGACGGACAGUCUUCCCACGGGACGCCUUGUAGCAGUCGCGCCGGCUCGGGUAGCGCUAAACGGCGGCAAACCCCGCUGAUUUCUACGCCGCUAAUGAAGGAUCUCUGCAUUGUGCUGGAGAACUCCGCGGAAGUGAAGUCGCUGAACGACUCAAUGUUGGAUAGCACGGUGGUCGCUGAGGAUGCGGACUGCACAUUAAAGGAGGAAGAUGUAAGUGAAGAAAAGCAGAAAGCUGGUGUGAUGUCAAAUGAAGUCCUAAUGGGAGAUGAAGAAGAAGAAAAGGUUCCUGUUGUUGAAGCCGCACUUACGUCUACAAACCAGCAGAGUGAGCUGUCUUUAGAAAACAAGGAAGAGGACUCGUCAACAGUGGAAAAGAUGGAGGAGGAAACAGGGCCUUCAGCCUCAGGAGAGGUGUUACAAGAUGAGCGAGAAAAUGUUUCUACUACACGGGAGUACUUGGAAGUCGAGCAGGGGAAGCUCGAGGACGCAAAAGCUACCCAGGAUGUCAUCAUGGAAAGCAUCAAAGAGGAUGUGAGUGAGAGGAUGUCAGAAGAGGCCACAGCGCCGAUUGAUGAGGUGACACCCAUGGAUACGAAACCUGCCCAGGAGACGUCAAAUGUCACCCUAGUGGAGAGCAGAGAGGAUGAAGAUGACAUGGGAGAGAAACAAGAGCCUUCCACCAAGCCUGAGGAGACAAUGACGACAGCAUCUGUUGAUGAGCAGGUGACACCCAAGAAAUCUCAGUCUCAAUAUGUAAAAACUCGUAGGAAGGCUAAAAUAAUCAGCGUCAUGGACAGGAUCGAGGAUGAAGAUGACACAAGAGAGAAACAAGGGCCUUCCACCAAGCCUGAGGAGACAAUGACGACAGCAUCUGUAGAUGAGCAGGUGACACCCAAGAAAUCUCAGUCUCAAUAUGUAAAAACUCGUAGGAAGGCUAAAAUAAUCAGCGUCAUGGACAGGAUCGAGGAUGAAGAUGACACAAGAGAGAAACAAGGGCCUUCCACGAAGCCUGAGGAGAUGAUGACAGCAUCAGUAGAUGAGCAGGUGACAUCCGAGAAAUCCCAGUCUCAAGAUGUAAUACCUAGUAUGAAGGCUGAAAUGAUCAGCCUCAUGGACAGCAACGAGGAUGAAGAUGACAUGGGAGAGAAACAAGGGCCUUCCAGGAAGCCUGAGGAGAUGAUGACGGCACAACCUGUAGAUGAGCAGGUGAUACCUGAGAAAUCUCAGUCUCAGGACGUAAAACCUACUAGGAUGACUAAAAUAAUCAGCCUCAUGGACAGUAGCGAGGAUGAGGAUGAUGACGAUAAUGAUAUCUUGCAUAAAGACGAAGAAGAUACUGAAGAUAAACGAGGCCGCUACAAGAAGGCCAAAAAUGUGGAGGAGUCUGUCGAAGGCCUGUUCGUGGUCGAUACGCGACCAGGAGAGGAAGUCGAUGAAGAUUACUACACGGAGCGCCUGACGCGAGAGGAGGUCUUCGGAGACGAGGAAGACGAGGAGGAGUUUGUGGAUGAGGAGGCGGAUGAUGACGCCGAUGUUGACUGCGGGGAAUCGGCACUGCUUUUAUCAAGCAGGAAUCCUCUUCUCAAGGAGAUGUCCAGCCGCAUCGACCCGGGCAUCAACAUGAGACAGCUCGGGGGGUUGUACAUCACUUUCGACGGAAGCAAAUCAAAGACUGUCUCCAGUUCGGUGAACGAGCAGAAGGAGAAAACGGACCUGGAUGAGGUGAUGAAAAACAGCGUGAUGGUUUCUGACUUUGAGAAGAAAGACUCGGUCCCGCCAUACAGUGAAUCCAAACAAGCCUUGAAACAACAACGCAGAGUGGAGCGUGGAAAAACUACAGGAGAUUCUUGGUUCAACAUGAAAGCUCCUGAGCUCACCAAGGAGCUGACGGGAGACCUGAAAUUGCUGAAGAUGAGAGCCUCCAUGGAUCCCAAGAGGUUCUACAAGAAGAACGACCGAGACGGCUUCCCCAAGUACUUCCAGGUGGCCACUGUGGUGGACAACCCAGUCGACUUCUACCACUCCCGAAUUCCUAAGAAGCAGAGGAAGAGGACCAUGGUGGAAGAGCUGCUGGCUGACGCAGAGUUCAGAAGCAACAACAAGAAGAAGUACCACAGCAUUGUGGCUGAGAAAGCAGCUCAGGCCUCCGGCAAGCACAAAUACAAGACGAAUAAAUUUCACAAGAAAUCUGGGAAAGUCUCAAAGUGAGAAUGAAAGUGAACCAUGGGUUUGUGCAAGGAUGGACCUGUACACAAAGAAAAAUAUAGAAAAUGGGAUGCAAUAUAUAUAUAUAUAUGUAAAGGAAUAUUAAACACUUUGUGAUUAAGCAGCAAUGUUUUGUCACCAAGGAUUUUUUUAAUAUUACGUAUAGAAAACUUUUUCCUGUAAACACACAAUUUUUUUUUUUCGUCCACUCUUUAAGUUGACCAAUGGUUUUAUACAUUAUAUACGGGGUUGAAAUACUCCUUCAUAUGAGUGAGCAUUUGGUUCCCUAUACAUGGAAACAAGAAGUCUUGUGAAAGUGUUAAAUUUUAAAUACAUGAAUAAAAGACAAACCGACCUUCAGACUUACUGAAAAUCUUUUUGUGUAUACAGUAAUUUAAAUGUACAUGACAUUUAAUCAAGUAAAUAAUUUUCGAAUCUUGGAUAUUUGUGUUCUUUGCGUGUUUUUUAAUUGAAAAGGUGUCUAACCAAUUGAGGUCAACUAAUGCUACAUGAAAGCAAGAAAAAUAUCACAGCUAUCUUUUUUCAUAGCAAUUUCAUAUUUCUAAGAACAAUGUUAAUGUGUCUGUUCAGGAACUGACAUCAAGUUGUUUCCAUAUCAGAAGUUGUACUAGCUUUGUAUAUUGAUAUUGUAAUACCAUCACUUUAAAUGAUUUUUAUGAUUACCAUUUACAUUUAUGCGCUUGAUGGGAUAUAAAACUGAAUAUUUCCGUGGUAAACAGCAAUUAUGUAUUUGAUUUUCAUUAUGAACUUUGCACUAGUUAAUGUCUAAUGUGAAAGUGUAGAGUUCAUGUUACAAUUUUGUAUUUAAAAUACAGUAUAUAUCUUUGACAUUUGGAUUGGGGGUACAAAAAUAAAAGUGGACUUGUCACAGACUUGA